CGCCAUGAGGGCGGAGGCGCGGCGGGGACGCUCCGUGGGGCCCGCCGGGCCGGCAGGGGGCGGUGGCCUCCGUCAGAGCAGCUAGAGGCGCCUCCCCGCUGCCCCGGCCGGCGCGUCACACGGCGGGCGGCCUCUGCUGCCGGAGAAAUUGUGGCCGCCCCAUAUUGGAAUCCCCGCGGGCCGAGCGUUCCAGCCUCAUUGUUCCCGCGUUCUAGCCCGCCCAGGAGGCGCGCGCCCCGCAGUAAUGGCAUCUUAUACCUGCAUCACUUGCCGUGUGGCUUUUAAGGAUGCUGACAUUCAGCGUGCCCACUACAAAACCGACUGGCAUAGAUAUAAUCUAAAACGGAAAGUUGCUGACAUGCCACCUGUCACUGCCGAGAAUUUCCAAGAGAGAGUCCUAGCUCAGAGAGCGGUGACAGAGGAACAGAACAAAGUCACUGCCACCUACUGCACAGCUUGCAGCAAGAGGUUCUCCACUUUGAAUGCCUAUGAGAAUCAUUUGAAGUCCAAGAAGCACCUAGAACUUGAAAAAAAAGCUGUCCAGGCUGUCAACAAGAAGGUAGAAACCUUAAAUGAGAAGAACCUGGAAAAGGGGCUGGCCCAGGAGAGUCCAAACAAAGAUGCAAUGAAUACAGCUAUUCAGCAAGCCAUCAGGCCCCAACCAUCCUUGUCUCCAAAGAAGAUACCAUUGCUCCCAACUGAUACAAGCAGCUCUCCACCUUCUGCUGGAGGUAAUUUGUCACAGAGCAGAGAGCGACUGGAAAAACCUCCAAGGCUACAGUGGUUUGAACAGCAGGCAAGGAAGCUGGCAAAACAGGAUGCAGAGGAUGAGGAGCAAGAUGAGGAGAUGGAAGAAGGCUGGGAGGAUGUGGAUUCUGAUGAAGUUGGAGAGUCUGAAGAUGAGCAGAUGGACAGUGCAGUGGAUGAAGAUGAGAAACAGAUUGCUGCUGGUGCAGUACCACUCACAGACUGCUUGUUUUGUCCUCACCAUUCAAGCUCUCUCAUGAAAAACAUGGCCCACAUGACAAAAGCCCAUAGUUUCUUUAUUCCAGAUAUAGAAUACCUUGUGGAUCUCAGGGGACUGAUUAAGUACUUGGGAGAAAAAGUUGGUGUUGGGAAAAUCUGCCUGUGGUGCAAUGAGAAGGGGAAAUCCUUCUACUCAACAGAAGCGGUGCAGGGUCAUAUGAACGAUAAAAGCCACUGCAAACUCUUCACAGAUGGGGAUGCUGCCUUGGAAUUUGCAGACUUCUAUGAUUUUAGGAGCAGUUACCCUGAUCACGAGGAAGGGGAGGAUGUGGUAAUGUCUGGAGAGCUCCCAGCAGGGAAGAAUUUAGAAUAUGAUGACGAAAGUAUGGAAUUGAUCCUCCCUUCAGGUGCCAGGGUUGGUCACCGUUCUUUGAUGAGGUACUACAAGCAGCGGUUUGGUUUGUCAAGAGCAGUGGCUGUUGCUAAAAAUAAGAAGGCAGUGGGCAGGGUGUUGCAACAGUACAAAGCUCUGGGCUGGACAAGCAGUACAGGAGCAGCCCUAGCACAUGAACGUGACAUGCAGUAUCUACAGAGGAUGAAGUCUAAGUGGAUGCUGAAGACGGGAAUGAGUAACAAUGCUACAAAGCAGAUGCAUUUCCGGAUGCAAGUCAUAUUCUGAGCUGCCACAACUGCUGUACAGAGCUUGGUCCAGGAGAGGAGAAUUAAUAGCUAGUAUCUUUUUUUUUUUUUUUUGGUGGAGGGGAGAAAUUUCACUAAAAUGGACCCUGGUACCUAGCCAGUGACUGUCUGGAUGCUACUAUUUCUCCUCCUCCUCUUGAUACCUCUUGUGAAGAGGUCUUGUAUUCUAAUAACUGUUGGCCUGUCAAAUUUGUGUCCAAAUAAAGUAUGUGGUACAGGUUA